UAACGUUAAUAAUAAAAAAGAAACAAAACUCGUCUUGAUUUGUCCGCUUUGAAGAAACUGUAAUCAACCGUCCCUCCCCUCACCUGACCUCAUCAAUCACCUUUCUAGGAAGCUUUUAAAAGUCGGUUAUCUCAAAGCAGAAUUUGGAGUUACAUACACUUUACUUCUGCAAUUGGCCUUGGGAUUCAAACGCUGUUGUUGGAUUAGGAAGAAGCAAGCAGGAGAAUCCAUGUUUGUUAAUGUGAAGAAGCUGCUAGUGGAGAAGGCUUCUAUUUCCAAGAAGCCUGGAGUGAAUUCUGAUGGUUUGAAAGCUAGUGAUGUGGACCCACAUUUGGUAUUUCAUUACGGGAUCCCAUUGGGUUGUUGCAUGUUUGCUUAUGAUUCCAUUCAAAAGAUACUUGCAAUAUCUACUACGGAUGGCAGAAUUAAACUCUUUGGGAAAGAUAACUCUCAAGCUCUACUUGAAUCUGAUGACACAGUUCCAAGCAAGUUUUUGGAGUUCGUCCAGAAUCAAGGCAUCCUACUAAAUGUAAAUCUCAAGAACCAUAUCGAGGUUUGGGACUUGGAAAGGAGGCUCUUGUCUCAUGUACAUGUCUUUAAAGAAGAAAUUACUUCUUUCACAGUUAUGCAAGCUGGUCCCUACAUGUAUGUUGGAGAUUCUGAAGGCAACAUCAAGGUUUUUAAGAUUGAACAAGAAGUCUGCCAUGUUAUGCAAAUGAAAUACACUAUACCUUUCUCAGCUUCUCAUGGAAAUCCAACGGAAGUUUUAGCUGAUAGGGCUGUUAUCUCCAUACUUCCUCAGCCAACAGGUGAAAGCAAAAGAAUUCUUAUAAUAUUUAAAGACGGCUUUAUGACUUUGUGGGAAAUUAGAGAAUGCAAAUCUAUUUUGGUUACUGGUGGAAGUAUGUUCCAAUCAGUACAUAAUGAAGCAAAACAUGUGACUUCUGCAUGCUGGGUGUGCCCUUUUGGUAGUAAAGUUGCUGUUGGUUACGAUAAUGGAGAAGUUCUCAUAUGGAGCGUUCCUACCUCAAAGCAAUCUGAAAUUGGUAUUCAAAAUACUCCCAUUUGUAAACUCAUUCUUGGAUUUAAAUCAGAAAAAACACCAAUAGCAUCUUUAAAAUGGGCUUAUGCUGAUGCAAAAGCCACUCGAUUGUAUGUCAUGGGUGCCUCUGAUGUAGCCUCCACAAGCCUGCUGCAGGUAGUCUUAUUGAACGAGCAUACUGAAACUCGCACAAUUAAACUUGGGCUUCAUUUGUCUGAGCCUUGUUUGGACAUGAUGAUCACUUUAAGUACUACUGAGCAAAGCAAAGUUAAACAAGAUCUUCUCCUUCUGAUUGGCAAAUCAGGAAAUAUGUAUAUGUAUGAUGAUUGCUCAAUUGAGAAGUAUCUUCUGCAAUGCCAAUCAAGAUCUCCACCCUCCCUCCCAAAGGAGGUAAUGGUAAAGAUGCCAUUUGUAGAUUCAAGCAUCACCAUAGCAAAACUCAUCACUGACAACCCUUAUGCAUUAAGUUCGGAUGAGGAUUACAUUCUAGUUGUCAAGGAUAUUCCAUCACUUGUUCCCUUGGAGACAAAGUCAAAAGAUGGAGGUCAUUCAAACCCGUACCAAUUUAGUGGAUUUGGGAAGAUAAAAAAUCUGUACAUAACUGGACACAGUGAUGGAGCCAUCAACUUUUGGGAUAUAUCAUGCCACUUUCCUAUACCAAUUCUGUCAUUAAAGCAACAGAGUGAAGAUGAUUUUUCUUUAAGUGGUAUACCAGUGACCGCACUAUAUUUUGAUGGAAACUCUAGGAUUAUCAUUUCUGGUGACCAGAGUGGAACGGUCCGCUUCUUUAAGUUUAAGCCAGAGCCAUAUACAGCAGAAAACAGUUUCAUAUCUUUCCAAGGAAGCACAAAGAAAAGGAAUAAUCAUAUCCAGGGUGUAAAGGUCAUUAAGGUUAAUGGUUCUGUACUCUCUUUAGCCAUAUGCCAGAACACAAGACAUGUUGCCAUUGGAAAUGACCAUGGAGAUGUUUCACUUGUUGACACUGAAGGUCUCAAUAUCAUAUUUCAAAGUCAUAUUGCAAGUGAUAUCAGUCCUGGCAUCAUCUCGAUGCAGUUUAAAACCUGCAGUCUGCAAAAUUUUGAGAAGAAUGUUUUGGUGGUUGCAACAAAGGAUUCAUCAGUUUUGGCCUUCGAUAGUGAUUCUGGGAACAUGCUGAGUGCUAGCAUGGUUCAACCCAAGAAACCCUCAAGAGCACUAUUUAUGCAUAUAUUGGAUUGGCAGGAUAUAGCAGUUAGAGGAGCAAAUUUAUCGACUGGUAGUCCUAUUGAGGAAGGCAUACAAAAGCAAUCUUUCAUACUCGUAUGCUCUGAGAAGGCUGCAUAUGUCUAUUCCUUGACUCAUACCAUUCAGGGAGUCAAAAAAGUUCACUACAAGAAGAAGUUUCAUUCCACUUCUUGCUGCUGGGCAUCAACCUUUUAUACUGCUUCUGAUGUUGGCCUUAUGCUCCUUUUCACUAGUGGAAAAGUUGAAAUAAGAUCCUUGCCAGAAUUAUCCUUGUUCAAGGAAACUUCAAUCAGAGGUUUCAGAUAUUCUGCACCAAAACCAAAUUCAUUAUCUGAUAGCUCAAUGUGCUCUUCAAAUUCUGGAGAUGUUGUAAUGGUGAAUGGUGAUCAAGAAUUCUUCAUUCUCUCAGUUCUGCUCCAGAGGAAUUUGGACUUUAUCAGCCGUGUCUAUAGGAAAGAUCUAAUGCUUACUCAGGAAGUGCCUGCCUCUGGAGCCACAGUUCAGAAGGAAAAGAAAAAGGGACUUUUUGGCUCUGUCCUCAAAGACAUAACUGGCAGUAAAAAGCAUGCACCUGAAAUGGAAACAGAAGAUACUAAAGAAAGUAUUGAAGAGCUUUCUACCAUCUUUUCGACUGCUAAUUUUCCAUGCGAGGUUGAGAAUAAAGAUAACCAGGCUGUGGAUGAGGAUGAAAUAGACUUAAACAUAGAUGAUAUUGAUCUUGAUGAUCCUGGAGAGAAACCCAAAGAACAGAAUAUCCUAGCAACUCUUAAUAAGCAUAAACUUAAAUUUCAGGCUUUUACAGCAGGUAAGCUGAAGCAGAUGAAGGUUAAAAAUGAGAAACCCAUCACCAAAGAAGAGCAGCAGAAAGAUGAGAAGUCCAGUGCUGUUGAUCAAAUCAAGAAAAAAUAUGGGUUUUCUUUGCAAGGUGAAUCAAGUGCAGCUAAAAUGGCAGAAAGCAAGCUGCAGGAAAAUUUGAGAAAGUUGCAGGGAAUCAGCUUGAAGACUACAGAGAUGCAAGAUAAUGCUAAAUCAUUCUCUUCCAUGGCAAGAGAACUGCUGCGCACUAAAGAACAAGAAGACAAAUGAUAUCUCCUAUAUAGCAUAUAAUAUUGUUUUGGAUUAAAAAGGUUUGAUUUUUUACAUAUAUGUCCAUGUUUGUAUAGCAGUGAAAAUCAAGAGUACUUGACUGAAGUGAAAUAUUAUCUUUUCUUUUCUUUUCUUUUCUUUUUUAGGGUAUUCAUUUUGUUCAUAGGAUACACUUUAAGACUUCAAAGGAAUGUAUUUGUGCACCUUUUCCUUUCCUUA